AUGACCUCCCUCCUAACCUAUCUCCAAGAAACCGAGCCUCAAUUCCGCAACUCCCGUCUCGGGGCCCUCUACUCCGACUUCCUCCCCCAAAAAACACUCAACCCAGAUGGCUAUACCGCGAACAUCACAGCCUGGCUACGCGGCCUGAAAGCCGCUACGCUAGCCGGCAAGAUCCCUUCGAGCACCAGUCGACUGACGAUCACGCUUGAUGAGUCGCUGCUGCGCUCAUUGAACUCGCCGCAAUGGGGGAGGCCGUUGGCGAUGGCGACGGUGGUUCGGGAGGCGGUGGAACGGGGGGAGAUGGUGGGGCUUGGGGAGUUUGAGAGGAUUGAGGGGUUGUACAAGAGGAAGGGGUGGGGGAUUAGUCCGUGGGGGGUGCUAAGAUGGGGGUAUAAUGCUCUCGGGUUGGGUGGUGGAGAAGGCAAGAUGCCGGUGGGGAAGUUUGUGAUGGUUUCGAAUUUGGAGGACGCGGGGAUGGAGGCUGCGGGACGGAUUGAGGCGUUUAGAGGACGGACGGAGAGGGUGUUUUCGAGGUUGGAGUUUAGAGAACAAUUUGCUGAUGUGCUUGGGGAGGGGAGGGUGUUGUCCGAGAGCGAUUUUCAGAUUUUGCUGAGAUAUUUGCAGAGGGAUAAGGGGCUUGUGGUGUAUGAUGAUGAGAUUGUCAAGUUGAAGGCUCCUGGAGUUACGGACGAGAUCACACAGGAGGAUUCAACUAUCGUUUCUCUGAGGACGUUGAUCCGCGAUUUGCGAAUCCAGACGAAGAAUCUUACGCAGAAGGUCGAUGAGUUGACCGUCACAGCGAAGGAAGCAGUCACGCGCAAAAACAGAGUUGGUGCUCUAGCAGCUUUACGGUCCAAGAAACUCGCCGAAAGCACACUUGAAAAGCGUCAUGCCACAUUAUCCCAGCUCGAAGAAGUCUUUGUGAAGAUCGAGCAAGCGGCCGACCAAGUCGAACUCAUUAGAGUGAUGGAAGCAAGUACACGCGUUCUUACUGGUCUCAACAAGGAAGUCGGAGGCGUGGAACGUGUCGAUGAUGUGGUUGAUAACCUCCGAGAACAAAUGAGCCAAGUCGAUGAAGUGGGCAACGUUAUUGCUGAAGUUGGGAGAGAUGAUAUUGUUGUUGAUGAGACGGAAGUGGAUGAUGAGCUUGAGGCUAUGGAGACGCAAGAGAAGGCCAAAGUCGAAGCCAAGGAGCAGAAGGAGAGGGAAGAGAAGGAGAAGAAAGAAGCGGAAGAGACGAAGCGUAAACUCGAUGCUUUGGAGGAGGUAGAGAGGAAAGCAAAGGAAAAUGCCAGUAAAGCAGCUGAGAACGAACAUGUGGAAGAGGAUUUGGAGGACAGCAUAGAGCAAUUGCGGAAAGUAAAUCUGGAUGCAAAGGACCCAAUUUUGGAGAGUAAUUAG